AUGCCUGUCAACUUCGAUGAGUGCUACAGUCGAUUCAGAGCGGAUAAUCCAGAAGCGGAAGAAUGGCGCCGGAUAUACGGUUGGGGGGAUCGUCCUGUCAUCGGUAUCAAACAUAACAACAUGUCCCAGAUAACUCGAGAAGGAUGCAAAGUCGUUUGCGGGGAAGGCAUGGAUUUGUAUCCAUGGAAAGACGUUUCAGGUGUAAUCACCACCUGGAUACUGCCUGUCAUCGGUACACUCUUGCAGGCACCCUUUGAGAGCAACGCAACCCGACGGACAUUGUUGGCAAUCACUCGAUGGGUAGGCUCGCCAAUCGCAUCGCUAUCCUACGUACUAUGGAACAUCAAAGUGUCCGCCAAAGCUGCCUUGAUGGUCGAUAUGGCUGUCAAGUACGACGAAACCCCCCAUCGCAAGACUGACUUUGGUAGCAUGCGAGACUCAAUGUAUCUCCUGCUGGUUAUGAACCAGUACACGCUAAAGCCAACAGCCAUGUCGAAAGAUCUCCAGAAAGAAGCUGAAGGCUUGUUGCGCAUCACACUCUUCAGUAAAGACUUGGUAUUGACAGACACUGACAAGACACUCCGUCAAAUGAGACGUAUACUGGCCCGCGAGGUGCGCGAGAUGAGAAGAAGAGGGACUGUGCCGGUUUUUGUGUCCAUCAUGUGGUUCUUGUUCGCAUUUGCACUUUCCAUACAAGACGCUUUCGGUGAUCUGGGGGCCAACACGACUGCCCAUGAUCUAGCGUUGGGCUGUUUGCUAGCCUGGUUCCCCAUCCUCAUCAUGGGCUCUAUUGUCGAUCGCAAUCCCAUAGCAGCAGAAGCGAUCCGCAAAAAGCUCAGUACUCUGGUCGACCACGUUCGCCACGCACUACGUGACAGACAACAUCGCGACGAGUUUAUUGAGACUUUUAGAGAUCAGCCAAACUACCAUGAUCUGAAGUGCCGGAUUGAGAGUGUGGCGGAAAAGGGCGAGUAUAUGGAAGAAUUCUUCGUGGACUUUGCUGGUCAGGCGCGCAUUCGGUGGCAUUAUGGUGCCGCACAUGCAAUUCUGUCCGAUAUCGAGAAUUGUUAUAUCGAAAGGAAAGGUCGUAACUGGCUGGCUAACGAACGUGAAGCACGAGCAAAACUCGUGCUUGGACCCGUCAACGAAGAAGGUUUGGUUUGGUUUGACACCAGAGAGUUCUGGCAGGUGCUGAGCGCCAUCAUCAUCGUCGCCGGAAGCUGUGGAGGUGCGUUCAUUCUGAGCUACUUCACGCCCACUGUUGGUCUCGGCUGCCGCAGUGGAGGCUACACCAUCUUCUUCGCCGUCGCAUUGGGGCUGCUUAUUGUCGAAAUGACCGUUUGGAUGUUUCUUUCGCCUCAGCAAGAUCAGUCGAACAGCCGUUGGGUCGCCUGGUGCUGGAUGUCGGGGACCGUCUUGACAGCUACAGUGAUGGGUUUAUCCAUGUUCUAUAUCACCGUCGAAUGGUGUCAGCAAUCCUUCUUGUCGACCGAAAACUACGAAGACGCCAUGAGCGGAUUACGAAUGACUCGCACCUACAGAAGCUUGACGCUCUUCGCUCGUCAUACUUCUCGCGCCACGUUGGCCCAGAUAGAGAAGCUUGCUCUUGCUAUUGGUCUGAUCAAGAAGCGACAGAAGACGCUUAUGUGGACGAGGCAGCACACGUGGGAUCCGUUGCGUGCAGCACCAUCAAUCGAAUUGACGCACUAUGACGACGAUAGACCGCCCAAUGCCGUCUUUGAAACCCCAGCCAUGGCCCACUCUUUGUUCCCAUCAGCGAUUACACCGCGUCGGACACGCAACGAGAGCGACGCUUCUCUCGGUCCAUUUGACAUGCCUGGUCGGCCCCGCACAAGCGGCGACUCUUCAACACCUCUUAUACAAAGACCAUCGCAGGUGCAUCAGCAGAACGAAACAGAGAGUCGGAUGAGCGGUGAAGAGCGUCGCAGCUCGGAGACUCCUUCCUUAGAGCCAGGACCAAUGCGCAGCAAUGCACAGACGUGGCCACAUACGCAGGAUGCAAUACAGAACAGGCAUGGUUAUCAUCGCACACACUCAGAUCCGGGGUUUUCGCAUGAGUCUGGAGACUUUCAACGCGGUGGUUUAGGCAUAUAUGAGCAAGAGUGGUGCGUAUAG